AUGAAGAACGUAUUCAUUACAGGUGUCAGCGGCUACAUCGGCGGCGACCUGCUGUCGGUGCUGGCGGUCCAGUAUCCAGAUUACAAUUACCGCAUCCUGGCCCGGAGCGAGAAGAGUAGCGAACUGAUCAAGGCCCAGUUCCCGGCGGCUGAGAUUGUACUGUCGGAUCUGAACGACCUGGAAACGUUGCGCAAAGAAAGUGCCAGGGCCGACGUUAUCAUCCACACGGCCGAUGCGUCAGACCAUCUCCCUGCAGCGCAGGCAAUUGUCCAGGGUGCAUUGGAGGGCCAUGAUGAAGGACAUCCUGUGUAUCUGCUGCAUACGAGCGGAACUGGUAUUCUCUCGUUUCUCGAUACGGAAAAUGGGGUGUAUGGGGAGAGACGGGACAAGCUCUAUGAUGACCUAGAGGGUGUUCAGGAGAUUCUUGGUUUCCCCGAUCAUGCAUUCCAUCGGGACGUGGACAAGUUCGUGCUUGAAGCUGGUGCAGAGCAUUCGAAGGUCUUGAAGGCUGCGAUAGUCUCUCCGUCGACUGUAUAUGGUCGCGGUCGUGGCCCUUGCUCGCAACGCAGCCGACAAGUAUACGAAAUGUCCAAAUACACCCUACAAAACGGAAAGAUCCCCAUAAUCGGCCGCGGACUCUCAACUGGCGGCAAUAUCCAUGUUGCUGACGUGACCAGUCUGUUCGUCCUCCUCUUCGAGCGCGCCCACCAUGGAGACAAAGAUGGUAAACUCUGGGGAGGCGAAGCAUACUACAUAGGCGCGACCGGCGAGCACUGCUGGGGCGAUGUAGCGAAGCUGGUUGGAAAGGUCGCUGUAGAUGAAGGAUUCAUUCCGUCUGCUGAGAUACAGUCUUUGGAUGUUGAAACUGCGCGUCGGUUGGCGGGUUUUGAGGCUGUGAGUUGGGGGUUGAAUAUGCGGUCUCGUGCGAAGAGGGCGACGGAGUAUUUGGGGUGGGAGGCGAGUGGGCCUUCGCUGGAGGAUGAAAUUCCGGGGAUUGUCAGGGAAGAGUGGCAGCGGUUGCAGGAGUAG